AUGUCUCCAACACCAGAGGUUACCACAGUGCUUACCAGACCGAACACAUCUCCUCAGAGAUCAACUAUUUUUUUCCUUUCUUUUUUUUUUCUUCUGCCCAUUUUUUCUAUUUUCUAUCCUUUUUUUUUUCUUUAUUCUGUUUCAUUCUUCCUAUACUUUAUUUUUCACUCUCCUGACAUUUUCUUCUGUUCUUUUUCCUUCCUUUAUACACUAUUUUUUACUCUUUCAAUAUAUUUUCUUCUUGUUUUCUUUCUUCUUACAUUAUCUUUCACCCUCUUUAAAAAAAAAUUGUUUUUAUUCUUUUUUCUAUUAACUUUUUUCUCUUUUCUUAUUUAUUUUGUUUUUCUCUCUUUUUGCUGGUUUAUUCUUCUAUCUUCUUAUUUCUUUCUCUACUUUUUUAUCUCUUUUUCUUUCUCUUUCUUAUUAAUCUUUCCUCCUUUAACAAUAUCUUUUUUUUCUUUUUUCCCUCUAAUUCAUUACUUUUAUCACUUUAUUUCACAGAGUUCUAACUUCACCUUUGAAAUUUUCCUUUUAGUUUCUCCUGUGGUAUCCCCACAUUCCUUUGCUUCUUUUUCCCUUACUUUCUUUCUCUUCUUUUUUGUCUACUUUCUUUCUUUUCUUUUUCCUUCUUCUUUUUUGCCUACUUUCUUUCUUUUCUCUUUUUCCCUCACUGUCUUCGUCUUUUUAUUGUCUUUCUUUCUUUUCCAUCCACUUUCCUUCUCUUCUUUUUUGCCUACUUUCUUUCUUUUCUGUUUCCUACACUUUCCUUCUCUUCUUUUUUGCCUACUUUCUUUCUUUUCUGUUUCCUUCACUUUCCUUCUCUUCUUUUUUGCCUACUUUCUUUCUUUUCUGUUUCCUUCACUUUCCUUCUCUUCUUUUUUGCCUACUCUUUCUUUUUUUCUGUUUCCUUUUUCUUUCUCUUCUUUUUUUUCCUACUUUCUUUCUUUUCUUUUUUUCCUUCACUUUCCUUCUCUUCUUUUUUGCCUACUUUCUUUCUUUUCUUCCCCCCCUAUUUUCCUCCUCUUCUUUUCUCCUUUUCUUUCUUUACUUUUCCUCCCACUUUCCUUCUCUUCUUUUCUGCCCACAUUCAUUCUCUCCUGUUUCUGGUAA